CAAUCCAACGGCCCAUCUUUUUCCAAUGCUUUUCUCUCCUUAACACAAAAAUCAACCUCUCUCUCUUCUCUCUGGUUUUUGUGUCUCAGCAGCUUAGGAGCACAACAGCUGACGCUAUAUUUUCUCGAGAAAAUGAAAGAAAAGGAAAGAAAAGGAAAUCGCCUUUGAAGCAUCUUCUCUGACACUUCUCUCAUCCUGUCUGUUCUGUACUCUCGGGUGUUUCAUUCGAAUCUGGGGCAGCCUUUUUUUCUAUCUCAUAGGGAUUUAUCUUGUUGGACCAUACAUUCUGCCUGCCAAGUGUUUUUGGGUGCUUGGCAUAGCUUCAUUCAGUAUAUCAGAUAAAUCAUUAUUUUGUUUCGUGUUAGUGUUUGGGAAAAGUAUCAAAAAAUUGAAGUUCAUUAUCAUUAUCCUAUGCAUUCGCAUGGCUUUAUUUGGUUGGCGGAUUUAGAUGGAAGUUUCCUCUCAAGAACAAAGUAGUUCCGAAGACAAAUAUCCUUUGUUAAUGGAGCAAGUGGAAAGGCACGGCAACUGUGAGCACAUUAUCAACAUUACAGAAAAUGAUGAUGCUUUAUCGAGCUCAUCUCAUGAUCAGCAGCGCCAUGCAACCAACGUACUGGAGAAUGAAGAUACUCCUUCAAGUAGCUCUGGAGCCCCCAACAACAACAAUCACUCUUCAUCUUCUUCAAACAGAUUAAACACUAGAAAUUCCUCAUUCACAAGGGGAGGUGAUGGGUAUGGUCGUCGUCGUCACAGAAGCCCUUUGAAUUCUGGGCUAUGGAUUUCUGUUGAAUUAGUUGUUACUGUUAGUCAGAUUGUAGCAUCUGUCGUGGUUCUGUCAUUGUCAGGAAAUGAACAUCCUCAGGCUCCACUUUUUCAGUGGAUUGUUGGUUAUGCUUCUGGAUGUGUUGCAACACUUCCUGUUCUCUAUUGGCGUUUUCGUAAUCGCAACCAGGGUACUGAGCAAGAUUCCACUCAUUUGCAUCAAAGCUUUUCGCAAAGUAAUCCUAGUGAAACUACACCCUAUACGGCUAUUACAGUUACUCAAGCUUUAGAUGAGGGAAAUAAUCACACCACAGAAACAGCAGCAAGGAACAAUCAAAUUGCAGGAACUUUAAGUGCACGACUCAAUGGAUUAGUGGACCAUUUCAAAAUGGCCUUAGAUUGUUUUUUUGCAGUGUGGUUUGUUGUGGGCAAUGUGUGGAUAUUUGGAGGUCAUACUUCACCCCAUGAUGCUCCUAAAUUGUACAGGUUAUGUAUAGUGUUCCUCACCUUUAGCUGCAUUGGAUAUGCCAUGCCAUUCAUACUAUGUGCAACAAUUUGUUGCUGCUUGCCUUGCAUAAUUUCUGUCCUUGGCUUUCGGGAGGAAUUUUCACAGACUAGGGGAGCCACUGUGGAAUCUAUUAAUGCAUUGCCAACCUACAAGUUCAAAUCAGAAAAAGACAGAAAUGUCAACAAUCAGGAUAACUCAGCUAAUGAAGGUGGAGUCCUGGCUGCAGGCACAGCAAAAGAACGUACCAUAUCAGGAGAAGAUGCAGUAAGUUGGAUGCUAGGUUUUAUGGCUGCUAAUGUAGUGGUUUUUAAAUCUAAAUUCAUUAACUAAGUAACAAAACUGAACUCAAGAAAGAUGCUAGAAUCAAACUGGGUAAACUGUUUGAAAUAUACGGCUUAUGAAACUAGCAAGUUUCUGGGUGGUUCUUGCUUAGUUUCUUGUCAAUUUACUUGCUGAAUUUGGAUAUAAAUUGGUUUCACCUAACUUCUAAAGUCUUAUUGGUAAAACACUGCUUCAAGUCACUUAUUAAAAUUGAGUUUGGGGGCAGUGCCUCAAUAAUCUAAUAGUUAGAAGCUAGCCAGAAUACACAUCAUUGUUACACCAGGUUGAUUAUUUAUGACAGUUGCAUGUUGCCAAUGUUUAAUAUUUCAGUCUCUGAUUAUAUACCCUCUUUAAGUUUUGCUUUGGUCCAGAAUAUAGGGCUUAUUAAUUUGGGGUCAUGCAGGUUUGUUGUAUUUGCUUGGCAAAAUAUGCAGACAAUGAUGAGCUGAGGGAGCUCCCAUGUGUCCAUGUGUUCCACGUGGAAUGCGUUGAUAAAUGGUUAAAAAUCAAUGCAUCAUGUCCCCUCUGUAAAAGUGAGGUUGGUGAGAAUUGCAGCACCUCACCCAUAUUUAGAGACCCUAAUUAAUAGCAGAGCAAGAGAAUGAUGGAGAUGAAUUAGACAUUCAAGGAGCAGUGUCAAAUCUUGGAUGCUCAACUCCUCCUUGAUUUGCAAGCUUGUGGAAAUUGCCUAAUGUCAAAUCCUUGGGUUAUAACUCAGUUCGUCAUUAUAAAUCAACACAUCCAAGCCCAAGGUGAGUGACCAUAUCAGGAAAGGUGAUUUUUCUCCUACACCAGUUAGAGAUGUUGAGUAAAUCUGUUGAAAAGUUGUAAAUCUGUUGAAAAGUUGUAAAAUAAGAGUGCAAGAGAUACGCGUUUUACCCUUUUAUGGUCUGUUUCCUCUGUGUAUAUGACCCUAUCCUUUCAGGCAAUGGCAUCAAUUACAGAUCUCUACAAAUAAUCAUUGCAGUAUGCAUGUUGCCAGCAUUGUUAUUGCGGGGAAG